UUGACAGGUAAACCAACAACCAACAGCUGUUGCCUGCCUGUUAUUUUCAAUAUCUUUCAAAAGAGUUCUUUUGUUUGAAAUUUUUUGCAACGGCGUUUCUUCAAGUAUUUUCAUAGAUACAAAUUAAAAUUCGAGAAUAUGGAGGGUGCAAAUAUUUUCUACAACAGAACUAAUGUGGCAGACACUUCUAAUUUAACUCCUGUAAAACCUAAACUGGGAAAAUUCAUCGAUGUUUACUCCCCUGAACAUUUGAACUUGACACCGAAAGCUGCAAAUAAGCUAUCUUUUAAUGACUUGAGGAAUGAAUGCCCUAACUUGUUUACACCUGAAAAAUGUUCAAAGAAUAAUUUCAAAUGCAGAACUGUCAAGCCACCACGCUUGCAUCAUGUAUUUAGCAACUGUUCAUUUGAGGGCAAUCAGAGCUUUCCACGUUUGAGCCGCAGGGUCAAACCCUUCAGAAUGGAACUAGAGACACCGACAAAAGUAAAACCUGCUAUAGAUUUAGUGAGGGUGGAUGGGCCGAAUGGUCUUCGUUUUAAUACGUCCCUCGCAGCUGGUGACGUAACAGGUUCCCCAGCCCUGUCGCAGACAGACAGACUACAGCAGUCUAUCAAUCCAAGCAAGGCUGUCUUCACAAUUGAACCUAAUAGCUCCAAAAUUCUCAUAGUAAAUAACAAAGCUUGCUCGCUAUUGGGCUACUCGUCGGGCGAAUUAUGCGGAUUACGUUUCUCAGACUUGCUGCGGAACAGGAAUUGUAAAACAUUUAAUCUACAAGACCCUGAAGAUGGUGAUGUCUCUGAAGAUGGAACGAUUGUACUACUUAGUGGAAAGGUAGUUGAACUGCUAACGAAAGAUGGAAGUGCAGUUCAAGUGUCUCUGUGGAUCAGACAACUGGAUAGUGAUGGGCCAUGUUUAGUGGUUGCCGAGCCAGUCAGCUGUAAAAAUGUUUUGCUUACAGUCGAAGCAGAUACAGGGCUGAUCAUAUCAUGCUCAGGCGAGGAUGCAGCACUACUAUUCCAAGCUGAAUCAAGCGAUAAACUAGUGGGAUUGCCUAUAGCAUCUCUCAUACCGUCCAUACAACUGCCAGCCCAUGACACGCUGAUCACGAAGAGUGUGUCUAAGCAAAAAGCUACAGGGAGGACUUUAGAUGGCGGAUCGUUUCCUCUAUGCCUUUGGAUAUCAAAAGCGGAUAACACUGAAUCUUCACUUUGGUCAAUGAAAACUCAUAAGGAUCGACCCUUAUUUGAAAUUAACGUUAGGGUGACAUACAAUGUGAGCGGCUUAUUGGUUGUUGACGAGAGCGGUAUCAUAACAGCUUGCAAUCAUCACUUCGCGAUGUUGACAUUCGGCAAACCCCACUCUGAAGUGGUUGGCCAUCAUAUCGAGGAAGUUAUACACAAUUUCUGUAGAGAGUCCGAUAUGGUGAAGAUGCCGGACAGACACAGAAAUAUGACGCUGUCGCCAGUGAACAAUGAAAAUGGUUCAGUGGUUUCAGACACUGACGAAGACUCAUGUGGUGCGUUCAACGGCAGCCAAAAAUCUGCAUGCAUAUCCCUCAAUGUCCAACCUUCUAUACUGUCCAUGACUAGAGAUAAGUCCUCCAGCGCGCUCUGCCUUGACAAAUCAUGCAGCCUGAUCACCCAUACACCCACUCCCACACAAGAUAUGGUAUCCAGUAUUAGUACUACCGAGCAAAGGAACGACAUAUCUGCGCUGCCUGAUGUCACCUCUGGUAUGUCCGGUAUUUCCAUAGAGGAUGAGAACUACUGUCCUAGUAGUAUUUCAAAGUCUCGAUCAGAGAACAUACUGCGCUCUGAACAAAGCAAUCCAGUGAUAAAACAUACCUCCGUUAAACCUACAGAAAAAUCCGAUUCCAUAUACUACACUUCCCAACAUUCGCAAGAAGUAACGCCUACGGGGAACGCCCCACGAGUAAGAUUAAAUGAUCCAUCCUUAAGACUUUCCUUCGAUUCAAGUAAAUAUAGAUCGGUGAAAGUCAACUUGCCCGGUCAAGUGAGAGAUGAUAAAAGCAGUAUCUCCGUGGACUUUUGUGAUUCGAACGAAACGAGCGCGGACUUCUUGACGCCUAUCAAUGAAAUGCCUCCUCCCGGUUGUGAGAUAGAGGAAUUGCCAAGACAUAAUGGAAAUGAAAGUGUUGAUAGUUUAAGUAAUGAUAACGAUUUGGAGACUCAGACCGAGUCAGCACCAAGAAGAAGGUAUGAAGAGGAGGAGUGCCGUGCGUCGUGCGGCGUGCGUCGCGCGGCGCGGGCGCACGUGACGUCGACGCCGCAGCACGCCGCCGCCCGCGCCGCGCGGCCCGCGCGCCACGCCCGCGACGGCACCUACCGCGGCCUCGUGCUGCACCGCGACGGCACGCAGCUCAGCGUACUGUACACGGUGUCGAGUAUGCAGCUGUCGACUGGUCGCGUGGCGUGCGUGUGGCUGGGCGUGCAGCUGGCCAGCGACGACGCGCCACGCCACGCUACUCUCGCCUCCAGCCUCGCCUCCACUGCCGACAACUCGCUCGUGCUGGGAAAUAAAUCAGUCAGCAGUAGACCUCAGUCGAUGUCUCUGAUGAGUCAGUGCGGUGAGGAACAAACAGCCGGAGAAUAUAGUAAACACUAUGUUACGCUCAAACAAAUUGGUAAAGGCGCAUAUGGGUGUGUCAAAAUGGCGUAUCGGCGUUCAGAUAAGUUGCUAGCUGUCGCCAAGUUUAUAUUGAAGGAGAAAGUUGGCGCGCAGUUCUGGGUGGACGGGCCAGACGGUAGACGUCUCCCGCUCGAACUCAGCUUGUUGCUGACGUUGAAACAUCCUAAUAUUGUGAGUGUGGUAGAUGUCUUCGAAAAUGACAAGUACUUCCAAAUGGUGAUGGAGAAGCACGGAGCUGGUAUGGACCUCUUUGAGUUCAUAGAACGACGGCCACGGCUCGACGAGCCACUGCUCUCGUAUAUAUUUAGACAGAUAGGACAAGCGGUAGAAUACCUACACUCGUUGAACAUUCUACAUCGCGAUAUAAAGGACGAAAACGUGAUCAUAGACAAUAAGUUCCACGUAAAAUUGAUAGAUUUCGGUUCCGCAACGUUUAUGAGCAAGGACACACUGUUUUCCACAUUCUAUGGAACCACAGAGUAUUGCAGUCCUGAAGUUUUGGCUGGAAACAAAUAUGCUGGCCCAGAACUUGAAAUGUGGUCGAUGGGGAUAACGCUAUAUGUGCUCACAUUUUUUGUUAACCCAUUCUCCGACAUCGAGGACACCAUACAAGGACCGUUGGCAUUGCCACAACUUGUAUCUGAAGAUCUGGAGCAACUCCUUCGUUGGAUGCUGUGCAAGGAGCCGUCGCAGCGGUGUACGGUGUCGCAACUAAUGGCGCACCCCUGGAUCCGGCAGCCGGUCACCAUCACCAACUACGUCUUCCACGAGAUCGUCGACUGCGAUCGCCAUGAAGCUAACCCUGAAAUGUACUAUAACGGUAGCCUAGGUUCACCUCGAAGUGGAUCCCCAGCCUCCCUUGCUGAUCCUCUUGCCAAAGAGCGAUCGAAUCCGUCCGAGGUAGCGGCACGAUCAGACGAUAAGAACGUGUCGCGGUCCGACUUGAAGCGCGGUUCACAAGCGCUGCAGCCGCUAGCCGCCGAUCGCGACGCGCACUCCGACAACUACAGUCUGCGCUCCUCCGCUGAUAUAUUGGACAUCUCCUCAAAGCCGGUAUCUGAAGCGGCACUUACGGACAUCAGUUCAGACGCGACCGGCCACGCCGCCUGCGACAUCGACUAUGACUGCGACCACUAUGAGUGCGACAGCUGGGACGAGUGCGAGCAGGACAGCUUCUCAUAGUUAGACAAGGAUGACUAAAGCUAGAUGUUGGAAAUUGUCUGAAAUGACGAUUAUAAAUGAACUUGUAACUUACAGUGACGUGAUUACUAUCUUAAAAAUUAAAUUAUAAUUUUAUUACUUUAUUAAUAGAAUGUGGAAGCAUACUACUAGGGUUUACACUGGGCUAAGACCGUUUGAGAGACAAUUAUCUCCACUUAUAGUUAAGUUUAUUAUAUAGUUACCUUAUCUUAUAAAUAAAUGUCAUUUCCAGAGAUAUAAGGUUAAACAAUGUUCAGGCUCUGUUCUCUCUGCCUUCCACAUAGAUGGCCUGGACCCAGUGUAAUAAAAAAAAAAAACAAAAUGUUUAUUUUCAUUAAUUUUAGUUAUUUUUUUUUUAUGCUUAUAAAAGUUCGCAGUGAAAGUACAAUUGCUACUGCGCUCUUAUUGUAAAAUAGUAUUAGUAUUUAAUGUUUUACUAAUUUUUAAAUAAAGUGGGUAAGUGUACAAUUUGGAAUGUUCAAAAAUAAUCAUAAGGUUUUGCUUACCAUGAUAAUUUCUAUAAAAUUUGUUUCAUAUUUUCUUAAAAUAAUUUUCGACAAUUCUGAGGCGACAUUUUUCUAAAUCUCUCUCUAAAAUUAAAAUUUCAAUAUGAUAUCACAGCGAAAUAUUUAUUGUAAGGACCAAUAUGAACAAACUUUUUAAUAGUUUUAAGUCAAAUUUUAGUUUAUGAUGGUCCAUAAAACAGUAUUUUGCCGAAAUAAUCAAAUUAAAAUGUUAGGUCAAGAGAUAAGUUUAGGAAAAAUGGUACCUCAGAAUCGGUCUUAAUGUCUGCUAAUUAUUUACUUAUUCAUAUUGAGUUUUAAAAACGUGGCCAUUUCACCAGAAUGUAGGUUUCAUAAAAAAAAUGAAAAUUACAAAUUUAGUUAUAUUUAAUUACUGUUACAAUUAAUGUCCUUGAUUUCAUUUAAUUGUUAGGUAACUGUUUACUAUUAAGUGAUUUAGAAUUAUAACUUUAAAAUUUCUACUAAUAGGUAACUUCUAAGAUUGUUUUGCAUCAUAGAUCUCAAAAAGGCAUGUGACAUAAACAUGGAAUUUAUUUAAAAAAAAAAAUGCCAAAAUGCACACACAUAUUUGAUUAUUCUUAUUGUAGUCUAGACUACGUCUCUAAUGUAAGUUCUGGAUUUAUUAUAGUCAAAGAGAGAUUUCAAAAAAAUUGCUGACUAAACAGUAUUAUGUUAUUUUUGUAUGGAAACUGUUCCAAAAUAAAUUAUCCAUUUGCAUGUACAGUGCAAUGCAGUUGUAUACAAGACUAGAAAAUGACCAAACUUAGAUUGUAGAGAGUAGGUUGUAAUUAGAAUUUAUUAAUUGUUUGGCGUCUAUUGUCUAAAAUUUAAAUUAUAUUACAGUAUUAUUAUUUUUAACACCAUGUAGGGUAGUAUAGGCACUUUUUCUAUGAACUUCAUGAUGCCAUUCGAAAACUAAUCAUUUUUUCAAUAAAAAUAUUUAUUCAAAAAGCUCCAACACAUAUCAUCGUUAACUCGCAUUAGAAAUAUAUUAAAUGGUUGUCAACAAUAUAUUACAUUAUAUAACCAGUUAAAAUUAUGCAUUUAUUUCUAAAUCCAGACUAUGAAGUUUUUUUCUACAUUACAUCAAUCAUCCGAUAUCUAGGUAUACGAGUAUACUGGUUAAUUCGUUCCGAAAUUGUUGUGACGUUAUUUAAGUAACUAUAUCCUUAUUUUAUACUAACACGCAUUUUCUAUCUUUUUAAAACUACUAAGUUACAGAAGUUAUUUUGAUCAUCUAAAUGUUCAUUGCCAUUACUAGGAGAGUUUUUCACUUAUUUUUCACAUGGCAAUAAUUUUUCGGAAAAAAAAUUUACAUCUUUUUUUAGGAGAAACAUGCAGAGUGCAUCUUAUUCUUAUCCGCAAUCUCAGCAAAUUGAAUACUCUAAGAUUUCAAACAACAAAAACUAGUGCUGAUAACCAUUUUAGCCUUGUUUUUUUUCCUAAAAAGUGUAUAUCGAAAAAUGUAUUGAACUACUCUGGUAUAGAUUUUAUCCAAAUAUCAAUACAAGUAUACCUAUUCCAAUUUGAUGCGAAACUAACAUAUAAAGCGUAUGUACAACCUUUAUGUAAACUUAUUGAAAUCAGGAAACACCCAUGGAAAUCUCUAGAUUUUUGUUCUACGACAAUUUAAAAUAAUACCGAUAAUAAACAUUAUAUUGAUAACAGUAAUAAAAACAAGUAAUUGAAAUAUUACUAUGAAUACUGAAUUGGUCUUCUAACGUUUAAAAUUUCUUCCAAUUGAAAAUAACAAAAAUAAAUCUUUGGAUAUACGAGAAUAAGCGAUGCCGAAGUUCUUUACCCAAUGAUUAAAUAAUUAUUAUUUAUUAUUAUUUUAAUAAUGAUGGUAUAUAUAUGACGAAAACGGUUUAUUAACAAAAGGAAGAGUAUUGUUAUUUUGUUCUUUUUAUGGCAUUGAAAUUUCUACUGAAAAAUCUUUAUUAUUAAAAUAUUACUUAGUCGUCUCAUAAAUAUUUAGAUUGGUUAGACAUAGUUUAAGUAUCGGUACGGCUAUGAAGGUUUUUUCGGAUGAAAUUAGCUUAUGUGUGUAAACUAAGAUGUAAUGUAAAUUCUCAUAAUUAUUUCUAUCAUUUCAAUAAAGUAUUCCAGUUUUAUAAGCCAUCACACACAUACAUAUAUACACACACAAGCACUAAUAUCUUAUGACUAAAAUUACAAGAAAUCAGUAUUAAAACAAUAACUAGAUACUCGUUAUUUCAUAAAAUCUAUAUACCAAACGAACCAAAAUUUAUUUAUUAGCUUUAAAACAACAUUGUAAAUAUUAUGAAGCAAAUUAGAACAUAUCUAUAUUGGGUUCAUAUUGAUCAAUGUUAUAUUCUGCUGAUAUGAAGUACAUGGUGUUGUGUUGGACAUAUAAUUUACUAGUCGUGUCCUGCGAGUUUGCCUACAUGAAUUAGAACAAAAAAUCUAUAAUGUAAUGAUUGAUGUAGUAUAUUCUGUGACCUUUAAACAUGAGGAUUAAGCACAGUACAUAUGGCGGACUUAACACCAGACGGUGUUCUUUACUGUUGUUUUCCAUGGAGCUUUUCAUUUAUACAGGUGACAAUUACCGCUUUCGGUCAGUUGAACGAUCACUUGUUUACUAUUCUAUAAAAAGAAAACAAAACUUGACGCAAUAUAAAUAAAUUACAUUUUAAACAUUAUUUUUUCGAACAGUAAAUACUAAGUAGUGUGAGUUCGUUCCACUCUAGCGCAGUUCAAAAUAUAUGUCGAACUCUUCACGUUGUGUACUUCCUCUUGUUGAUGAACAUGAAUGAAAAUUACAUAUAUUUUUGUAGUUUUUCCAUUAUAUGUUACUUGGUCGUAGUAAUAUUGUUUGUUAUAAUAGAUUUAAAAGUGUAAUGCGUCCGUUUCUCAACUAGUGCCUUACAGCGGACGGCGGGUUACGUUGCUCAUGUAGGACGCUAUGACGAUUCAUCCUAAAUAAAUGACACUAAUUCCCAUGAUGUGUGUUUAAUUUAUAUAAAACUAAACUUUACUCGUAACUUUGUCUUGACCAGGAUAAGAUUCUUUUUCCAUACCAAAAACAAACAUCUAUAAUACAAGUAUGACAAAUCUCGCGAUUGGUAAACCGUAAAUCCAUCGAAAGGUAUGGGAAUGUAAAUCAUGUAUUUUUGUG